AUGGAUUUCAAUCCAGUACCACCACCAAGAGAAACACUCAGAGCUUAUUUAUCAAAAAAAGGACAUGUUGUGAAAAAUUGGAAAUUAAGAUUAUUUGUAUUAAAACCAGGUUCUAGUUAUAUGGAAUAUUUUGUAGAUGAAACAAAAGAACAACAACAUUUACCACAAGGUAGAGUACCAUUAUAUGGUACUAGAGUUAUGGAAUAUGUAUAUAAUAGUAAUAAUAAUCCAAGAGAAUUUUGUUUAUCAGUAGAGACAGAAAAUAAGAAUUGGAUUAUUUCAACAGGAUCAAAAGCACAACAAUUGGAAUGGAUUGAAGCAAUUAAACAUGCCAUAGAGUCAGCAGUUGAAACAGACGAAAUUAAAUUACAAAAACAUAAAUCAAUUGAAAAACAGUUACAAUUGGAUGGUAAAAAUAAAAAUAAAAUUCCAGUUUUAAAAUUAUUAUUACUUGGUACUGGUGAAUCUGGUAAAUCAACAGUUGUAAAACAAAUGAAAAUUUUACAUCAUAAAGGUUUCUCAAAAGAGGAGGAAGAAUUUUAUAGGAAUUUAAUUUAUAUAAAUCUAUUGGAUGGUAUGGCAUUACUCAUUCAUGUAAUCAAAGAAAAUAAUAUAGAAAUUCCACAAGAAACUUUAUCAGCAAUUAAAAAUUAUAGUUCAUGGUAUAGAGUUUAUAUUGAAAAAAGAAAUAAAAAUGGUAUUAGAAAUAAUCCAAUUGGUUCAAUGAUACCAAUUUCAAUUUUAAAUAAUAAUAAAGAUAAUAAUAAUAGCAAUAGUAGUAGUUUAAAAAAUAAUAGUGGUGGUAGUUCAAGUAGUGAAUUAGAUAAAAAAAUGACACAUCUUAGUUUAGAUGGAUCAACUUGUAUAAAUUCAAAUUCUGCUUCACCAAAUGGACCAUCAUCAUCUACAACAACAUCAACAAUAAAUACACACAAUCGUUCAAAUAGUGAUGGAUCAAGUAAUAAUAUAUUUAAUGUUCAAGAUUUUGGAAUUCCACCAAUAAUUACAAAUUAUAUAUCAACGAUUUGGUCGGAUCCAGUUGUACAAUCAGAGGUGAUGUUACAAGCUCAAAAGUAUCAUAUUAAUGAAUCCACUCAAUAUUAUUUGAAUGAGAUAAAGAGAAUAGGUAAACCAACAUACCAACCUGUAAAUUUAGAUAUCCUAAAAUCACGUGCAACUACCAAUGGUGUGGUUGAAACUGAUUUCAAUGUAAAUGGUGAAGUUAUAUUUAGAAUUGUUGAUGUUGCAGGUCAACGUGGUGAAAGAAAGAAAUGGAUAAACUUUUUCGAUGAUGUAACUGCAAUAGUUUUCGUUGCAGCUAUAAAUGAAUACGAUCAGAAAUUGGUCGAAGAUAAUUGUACCAAUAGACUUCAUGAAAGUUUGAAUCUAUUCGAUUCGAUUUGUAAUGAUUCAACUUUUCCAAAGACUUCAAUCAUAUUAUUCUUAAAUAAAAUCGAUCUUUUCCGUGAGAAAUUAAAAAGAACCUCAAUCAAUAUUUGUUUUCCAGAUUAUAAUGGUGAUCAAUCUUAUGAAAAAUCUUCAAAUUAUAUAAAGAAUAAUUUUCUUUCAAAGAAAAAAGGUGGUAAUGGUAUAAAUUCUCAAAAUUUUAUUUAUUUCCAUUUCACAUGUGCCACUGAUACUAAAAGUUUUGAAACAGUUUUUAAUUCUGUUAGAGAUAUUAUAAUUUCAAAAACUUUAGAAUUUUAUUGUUAA